CUUGUUAGCGUGGUGUUUUGGAAAUUAGUCUAAUUUUUUGAGUGCGUUUUAUCAGUUUAUGGUUUAUCGUACCAUUUUGGCUUUCGGUUUUGGUCAAACAAACUUUGUGCAGUUGUGAUUUGUGUAUCUAGAUUUUUGUAUGAUAAGUUUGAUACUUCGGCUCUUACAGUCUAUUUUAUUCAUGUGAAUUAACGUUUGUCCGAGCUCUGUAUGAAUUCAGCAUUAUCAGUCCGUGCUUCGAUCCUAAAGAAGCUGCCAAAGUUUAUUGCUUCUGCUCUUUCGUCCUUUCACAGCACGGCGAUGGCGACUCUAGAAAGCCUGAAUUUUGAUAACCUUGCUCUACAAAGAUUGCCCAUCGAUCCAGUGAGUGACAAUUACGUACGGCAGGUGAAUGGUGCGUGCUUUUCCCGAGUUUCUCCCACCCCCGUCAAGAACCCGAAAGUGGUGGCAUACUCUAGUGGAGCGAUGGCUCUGCUUGAUUUACCGGACGAAGAAUGCCGAAGAGGGGAUUUCGCUAAAUAUUUCUCGGGAAAUGUUUUACCUCCGGGAGCCGAAUCCGCUGCACACUGCUAUUGCGGACAUCAGUUUGGAUAUUUUUCAGGCCAGCUCGGAGACGGUGCGGCAAUGUAUUUGGGAGAGGUGGUAAAUAAUAAAGGCGAACGAUGGGAGUUGCAGCUGAAAGGAGCCGGGAAGACGCCAUACAGCCGUUCAGCGGACGGACGGAAAGUGCUGCGAUCGAGUAUUCGGGAAUUUCUUUGCAGCGAAGUGAUGCAUAAUUUGGGUGUGCCUACAACGAGAUCGGGAAGCUGUGUGACUUCCGAUUCCUACGUGACGCGAGAUAUUUUUUAUACCGGAAACAACAUUCAAGAGCGAUGUACCAUCAUUUCGCGAAUUGCACCCACCUUCAUCCGUUUCGGAUCAUUUGAGAUAUUUAAAGGCACUGACAGAGAAACCGGUCGAAAAGGCCCCAGCAAUAAUAGGCCGGAUCUGCUGCCUCAGCUAGCGGAUUACGUUAUUCAGACUUUUUAUCCUAAGAUUUGGGAAGAAAACAGCUCGGAUCUGGAGCAGAUGUAUCUUGCGUUUUUCCGAGAAGUGUGCCUGCGUACGGCGCGCUUGGUUGCCAAAUGGCAGUGCGUUGGAUUCUGCCAUGGAGUGCUGAACACCGAUAAUAUGUCCAUAGUUGGGGUGACGAUCGACUACGGCCCAUACGGGUUUCUGGAUCGUUAUGAUCCGGAUUUCAUCUGUAAUUCCUCCGACGAUGGAGGACGCUAUGCAUACAAUAAACAGCCUGAAAUUUGUCGUUGGAAUUGUGGCAAACUAGCGGAGGCGCUGCAGCCACUUUUACCGCUAAGUAAAUCCGCACCGGUUCUUAAGGAGUAUGACGAGGCUUUUGAAGCGGAAUAUUGGGGCAUUAUGAGGAAGAAAUUUGGAUUUUUGCGAGAAAUACCCAACGACAGGGAAUUAAUGGAUGGUUUUCUCGAAACAAUGUACCGUACAGGAGCGGAUUUCACGAACUGUUUCCGUAUCCUUAGCAAACUUCAGUCCGCUGCAGAUAUUCUGGCGCUGUUAGAGUAUCUUUUGAAUCAGUGUUGUUCUGCGGCCCAGUAUCGCAAAGCUUUUUCUCCCCAAAUGGACCCGACGCAGUUGCAAAUGUUGCUGCUCCUGCAAUCGUCUAACCCAGAACUGCUCGCAAUGUUGGGGAAAAAAGCGGAUGCUCUGCAACGGGAAAUGGAAAUGAUCCAGAAAGCCGAGGAGCUGAAGGGAUUAACACCAGAAAAGAAAAAAGAAAGUGACCGGAAGUUGUGGAUGGAAUGGCUGGGAAAGUAUGCUGAUCGAGUGGGUCAGGAAGAUCCCAAUGGGAAUCGAGUGCAAAUUAUGAACAGCACCAAUCCGAGAAUCGUCUUGCGGAAUUUCAUUGCGCAAGGCGCCAUUGAUGCUGCUGAGAAGGGAGAUUACUCAGAGGUUCGACGAGUGUUACGAGCGUUCCAGGAUCCGUUUGAUGAGUCGAUUCGGUACUCAGAUUUUACGGCAUUUGACGAAGCAGUGGAGGGACCGGAAGCAAACGUUACUAAUGUGGAUGAUGAUGCUAAAAGCGAUAAUCCAUCCUGCUCUCGGCCACCGAAAAAAUGCAGAAUUGAAUACGAUGCGCGACCACCGGAAGAAUCCAUCAUUCGGGUUUCCUGAUCUUCGUAGAAAUCUUAUUCGAAACUGGACGCUUUCAACGACACUGUGAACUUGAUCGCUGGAUCGAGGUCACAGUGAACCAAUGAUGACGUUGCCCUAAAGCCCCAAAGGCCGGACAGUGUCGGAUGGUUGAAAGCUAAUCCGGUGGUGUGGUGGUGAAUCCGUGUGUCUUCCUGUAUACCUAAUGUACAAUGAUUUGCGCGAAUAUCCUGAUCCACGAUAUAUCCUUUAUGCUGAUUCUGUGAUUUGGUUGACUGGAAGUGGUUGUAAUGUGUCGCCAGUGUCAAUGAGGUUUGGAUGAACAAUUUCCAUGUACAAUAAAUUGCGCUUCAUAUCAUUUGUGAAAUAUAUAUACAGUACACUGUACAAGUGUUAUGAUGGAUAAAUUUUAAAUUAUGGCACGAAAUGAAGGAGAAGAAAUACGCAUUGUAAUCUAAAUG